AUUCUCUUAACAGUGUCUUUCACAGAGCAAAAAGCUUUUUUAAUUUCUAUAAAGUCCAAUUUAUCAAUUUUUUUCCUUUAAUGGAUCAUGCUUUUGGUGUCAUAUCUAAGUAUUCUUUGCCUAACCUCAAGUCACAAAUAUUCUCCCUUAUGCCUUCUUCCAAGAACUUUACAGUUUCACAGUUUACAUUUAGAUCUAUGAUGCAGUUUUUUUUUUUUUUUUUGUGGUACGCGGGCCUCUCACUGUUGUGGCCUCUCCCAUUGCGGAGCGCAGGCUCCGGACAUGCAGGCUCAGCAGCCAUGGCUCACGGGCCCAGCCGCUCCGCGGCACGUGGGAUUUUCCCGUACCAGGGCACGAACCCGCAUCCCCUGCAUCGGUAGGGGGACUCUCAACCACUGCGCCACCAGGGAAGACCCCUAUGAUGCAUUUUGAAUUAAUUGUUAUAUAAAGGUGUGAAGUAUAAAUCAAGAUUCUUUUUUUGCAUAUGAAUGCAAAGCCAACACCAUUUACUAAAAAGGUCACUGUUUCUCUCCUGAAUUGCUUUUGCAACUUUUUCAAAAAUCAACUGGCCAAAGCUCUGUCCAGCCCCUUGGAUCCGUUUUCAUUGCUUCCACCAUGAGGUCGCUCAUCAGACCCCAGCAGCCAAAAUGGUGAAGCAGAUUGAGAGUAAGUAUGCUUUUCAGGAGGCCUUGAACAAUGCAGGAGAGAAACUCCUAGUAGUCGACUUCUCAGCCACAUGGUGUGGGACUUGCGAAAUGAUCAAGCCUUUCUUUCAUUCUCUCUGUGAAAAGUAUUCCAACAUGGUGUUCCUCAAAGUAGAUGUGGAUGACUGUCAGGAUGUUGCUUCAGAGUGUGAAGUCAAAUGCAUGGCAACCUUCCAGUUUUUUAAAAAGGAACAGAAAGCAGGUGAACUUUCUGGCACCAAUAAGGAAAACCUUGAAGCCACCAUUAAUGAAUUAAUCUCAACAUGUUUUCUGAAGACAUGACCAGUAAAGCCAUUGGCUGUUUAAAACUUGUAAUUUUUUUAUUUACAAAAAAGAAAGGUCAAGUAUAAACACUAUAUACCUAACUGUCAUCUGAUAAGUGACAAUAAAAUAUUAACUCUACCCUUUUAAAAAAAAACAUGAACUGACCAUAUUUCUGUGGAUCCUAUUUCUGGACUGUCUACUCUGUUCCAAUGAUCUAUGCAUCUAUCGCUUUGCUGAUACCACACCACUUUUAUUUCUGUACUGACAUUCUUUUAGUACCUCCAAUAUGCUUCUUCGUUACUUCAAGAACUUCAGAUAUGCUGGUUCUGUCUUCCUGCACAUUCUUCUGCUCUCACCUAGUAACUCCUAACUCAUCUUUCUGAAUUUUAGCUUAAAUGUCACUUUCUCAGGAAAAACUCUGCAUCAUGAAAGUCAAAGAGGUUUCAGGAGAAAGCAGAAAAAAAUCAAGAUGCAUCGGUCCAAUAGGGCAGCGGUCCCCAACCUUUUUGGCACCAGGGACUGGUUUUGUGGAAGACAAUUUUUCCACAGACGGUGGGGGGAUGGUUCAGGCGGUAAUGCGAGUGAUGGGGAGCGGCAGACGAAGCUUCCCUCGCUCACCCGUCCCGCCACUCACCUCCUGCUGUGUGGCCUCGUUUCUAACAGGCUGUGGACUGGUAUUGGUCCACAGACCGGAGGUUGGGGACCCCUGAAAUAGGGCAUCCAGUUACCAACUCAGCAAGAGUCAGAGACUACC